AAGCAAGUGAGGCUAACUAAGCCCGACGGGUUCGAGGUGCCAUAUCCACCUUUCACUUCCAUCCCAUUUUCGGCCCAUGUGUGACUCAACGCGCCGGGACGGAUCAGCCUGUCCAUGAAACGGCUCCUUCGGUCGCCCCCCACGGGCCUCAACUGCCCAUAGGUCUUCCUGGGUGGGGGCGAUCCCGUGGCCAUGGGCGAGCAAGCAAACCAGCUGCUCAGCUCGUCUCAACUGCAACCUCCCUCGAAAAAAAAUGAAAAAUUACCCAUCAUUUUUUAUGUGGACCUUACAAGUUAUGCACGGGCUGCGGACAUCUCAGCACUCGGAGAACAUGGUAUUCUGGCAGUUACUUUCUCCAACAUUGCUGACUUUUUCCAUAAACUGGGCCUAUUUAGUCUUGGUGACUUCUCAAGAUCUCUUGAAUAUAGACUGACAAAGUUCUUGCAAAAUGAAGGAAACUCACAGCCCCCAGGUGCAAUUUUGCCAUGCCAGACAACUUGCAAAGACACAUCCAAAAGUAGACCAGUCGUCCUUUAUAUACACUUUGGAAAGAAAGUCGCACUUGCACAAGAAGCCCCGCCUCCUAAAAGAAAGAAUUCUCUGAAGAAGUUCGUCGCAACCCUAUUUCACACUACCUGGCAUCAUUUUCUGGAUCUUCUACAUACACCGUUUCUGUUCCAAGAAAAAGAGUUUGCUAGGCUUCUGUACAUGCUAAGAAGAGGACAGAUUAAAGACGUAAAACUUCAGCUUUGGCAAGACGUUCCUUUAACUCAUAAACAAAGAGAAAUCCUUUUGUCUUUAGCAAUCACUGGGGGCUACACAAAUUGUGUCGAGUUUCUCCUGCAGAAGAAAAUCUAUGUCUCAGAUACCCAUUUCAAACUGGCUGCAAGAUACGGGCGAGUUCACACAGCAAGGUUGUUACUGAAGAAGAAAUGGAACGUUAAUGUACUUCGACUUGAAGCCGAGUACUAUGGAAAUAUUGCCAUUGUGCAACUGGUCACUAAACUCCCUUCCAAAAGUAGUUUCCAAGACAAAUGGAACAAAAUUGAAGCCAACUACAAUGAAGAAUGGCGGAGAGUCACCAGUGAUAUCUUGAAGAUUAAAGAUGUCCAGCCUUUGCGCGAAUUCAUCGUAAACAACAUAAACUUCAUCCACUACCAGGACCACAAAGGAUUUACACCUCUCCACGUGGCGGCUGAACAAGGUCACGAGCUCUGUGUGAGGGAGCUCCUGGAACACGGCGCCUUGCCCAAUGCACGCACUACUGACCUCAAGACCCCAGCUGACCUCGCAAACUCCCGGGGCCACUGGAGAAUAGCAAAGAUCAUAGAGAGAAAGAUCCAAGUCAAGGACAGUGGAAAGCAGAGUCGUAAAGACGUGUCCAAACGAUACUUCCGUCUUCUGGAGGCAAUUUCCAAGGGCGGGAAAAUCUUUGCAAAUGAUAUAGAAGACAAGGCAGCAAAAGUCGAGCUGGUGAAGACUGUGACAUCACUGCUUGCAACCGGAACUCCUCUCGAAUUUAGUGGACCCUUUACCAACAGUGCUCUCCUGCUCGCCAUUUCCACCAACAGAACACCGCUUCUUCCCCUGCUCUUGGCUGCAGGGGCUCCUCUCACUGCUACCACCUCCGGUCUCGGACCCCUCCAGCUGGCAUUGAUCACUCCAGGGGUAACACCUUGGGUCGGUGUGGUGGUGGCAAGGGCUAUCCGGCAUAAACUCAAAGUUGAAAUGGACUUUGCUCCUGAAAAUUCCAUGGACCAGAUGUUAAAGUCAGGCAUAAGUAAUCUGUUACAACAUCUGGAAGGAAAGGAACCCUGGAAAGCAAAGUUCAAUAGUACAAAGAACAACCCUGAACAUCUUACCCAGUUGCUGGUUACAGCCUGCAAGCGGGGAGCCACUACUUCUGCCUGGUGGGUGUGGCAAGCAGGUGGCAACCCUGUCUCGUCCGUCGCCUCCACCUCAGCCCUCCAUGCAGCACUUAACCCUGAGCGGCCUCACUUGGAUACGGCGAGGACGCUUAUCCUCCACAUGGGGUGCAAUCCUUUCCUGCCAGGUGAAGAUGGUUCACUCCUCUUCAACAACAUGCCGUUGGAGUUUCGGAAGCAACUACUGCAGGAUUCCCUUGCAAGAGAGUACCGGUGCCUGUACAUGGAGAUGGCAAGGGCACGACGCCACAGAAACAGAAAAAAAAUCAUAGAUCUCCAGCGCCUUGCAGUUCUGCAGAUUCUCCUUUACAUUCAGUACGAAAUGCACAGCGAAGAAGCAUCUUACCCUUUCCUGCAAGACCUGUUGACAUGUAGCGAGUUGGAACUAACAGGGAAUCAAGAGGAAGAAUUACAUGAUUUAAAUGAAGAAUGGAUCACUAGUCUUAUCAGGAAACUAGAUGCUGAUUGUGAAGGGAAGACUACACUCGGCAAGGAUGAAGAGGAUGAAUUCUAUGAAUUAUCUGAAUGCAUCAGGUUAUUCUCCAGAAGAAAACGCAAAGGCAGUGAAUAUAACAUCAAACAUAAACAUGACUGCCUCGACCUUCUCUAUAAAAAAGCAUUGAUGAUGUGUAGUAAAGAAAAUCUUACUGCAUUCCUUUAUUUGCUAGUCAGUGUGGCAGGGGUCCAUGUAAACGGGGAAGUGGAUCCUAUAUGUGGCACGCAAGCUCUUCACCAUGCGGCCAUGCAUGGUAACCUGUCCAUAGCAAUGUCACUGGUCUGCUUUGGAUGUUCUAAAGAAGCAAGAGAUCAUGGCAGAAACACGCCUUCGCACUAUGCCUACAUGGCUGGCCAUAAGGAAGUUGCACAGUUUCUCGCAGAUGGCAUUGAAAAUGAGGUAAAUAACCGUAAGUUACGGCCACGUGACAUGCUUAAGCGUUACAACACCUAUCUUGACCAGCAAAGUCUCACUCUUGUAAGUAGUAUAAAAGAGGAACAAGAAAUAUUUAAUGACAGUAAAACACUGAUUGAACUUCAUCUUCACCAUCUUAGAGAGACAUGGGAAGCCAAAGGGGGUCUCAUCAAAACAGUUAUGGAUACUCAUGUGGACUUUACAAAGAACGAGUCUUUAGAAGUCAAACAAGCCAUCACAAAAGUAGCCGAAGACCUAAUUUCUGAAAUUGCCAAAGUCAAUAAGCUCUUUGAGGGAGACCUUGUCGGUGUAGGAAGUGCUGCAGAUGAUACUAGAAUAUUCUGCCCUGACGAAUAUGACUUCAAUCUUGUUUUAAGAAACAUAAGUGGUCACCCGGGAGGAGGGCUUAAAUUUGAGCUUCAGAAAUCCCCAGAAACGGAACUAGUUCAGAAACACAUAGAAUUAUCAGCUGAAAGUAGUGAACUCGAAAAUCUUAUGGAUGGAUCUAAUUUCACUGAUACAUUUUAUAACAUAGCAAAAGAUUGCUUGAAAAACUUGAGGAUUGGAGAUGAAAGGCUCAUCUUCAUCUCUCCUGGGAUCAAGAACACUCAGGUAGGCAUUAAUUUGUGCAUGGUAUGGAUGGGCCAAGAGUUCCCUCUCUUGAUGAUAGACGUGGAUAUAGUUCCAACAGUAGAAGCACCUUGGCCCCAACAGCACCCACGGCCCCCUCUCACUCCCUCAGACAUGAACACAGUUUAUCUCAGCAACACAACUAGGAAAGAAUGGAGAUUUUCCUUUGGUGUCGCCGAAAACCAGAUCAUGAAAAAACUGACUGAUCAUCAGAGAAGAGUGUUCUUAGGCUGUAAAUUGCUUUUGUCAUCACUAACGGUAUCAUGGUGGAUGCCAAAGGAGACCAAGAAACAGUUCACUUUCUGGGAUAAACGAGUGUUUCGACUUUCAGUUCCUGCAGGCUUUGCCUUGAAGAAUGUGUUUUUCGAAGAACUUCAGGAUGUGCAAAAUGCAAAUCUCUGGACAGAUGACCAUCUUUUGGAUAGAAUGAAGUCUGUCUUCAGCCGCAUGUGUGAAGAUCCGAGUGAUCCUGAAUGCCAAAUGCCACGCAAGGUGAUGGCCUAUUUUGGAGGCAACACCCAGCUCCCGUCAUUUGCACUCGGAGCCCCAGAUAUUCUUGUGUUCCUAAGGUCACUGGAUGCCUUACCACUCCAGCCCAGUUCUAAAGCGUGAUUGUGUUCAGAGAAAGUUGGUUUGAACGGUUUCCUUUUUAUUAGUAUUCGGUAUUUUUGUCUAAAGACUCUUUUUAUCAGAAGUUAUAAAUUUCUAUUAGAGGAGUACUAGAACUAUUCAUUUCAAAUGAUUGUUUAAGACUAGUUUAUUGAAAUGAAUGAUUAUAAUAUACAGGCAUGACACCAUCAGCAGCUUGAAACUCUAAUAGGAAAACAGGUAUAUAUUCAUUACUGUUUUUUCGUCUCUAUAUCAUACACAUUAUAAGUAUUUUUUUUUUUUUUUAAUGGCUAACAUGUCAGAUACAAGAAAGCAUAUUAUACUAUACGACGUUAUUUCAGAUAUUUAAGUCUUUUCAAAAAGCACAUGAAUAUGGUAAGUUAUGGCAAACAUUUGUGAAAAUAAUUAAUGAUAAUUAAUCUGACACAUUAUGAUAUGCUGAUCCGACAUAUAUAUAGCAAAGGAGAAAUACUGGACCCUCUGACCUUUCGCAUCGUUUGUUGGGGAGACUUUUUUCCUUGUUAUUGUUUUUGCCACCAUGAGCAAUGUGCAUUUUUAGUCAUACAAAGGCCUAGUUUUAUCAGUGUCACAAAUUAGGUAUCGUAAAAAUCCUGUAACAGAGGCUUGUGGAUUUAGCUCCCACGUCUGUUUUUUUUUUUUUUUCUCUCUUUCUUUUGAUAGCUUGCAAAUCUGUUUGAUCAUAGAAUUCUGCAGGCUUUUGGGCUGAAUACAAAGAUAUUUGUGAUUUAUUGUGAACUGCUCAUUGUGGCAGAUGAUAAAAGGCCUAUUGUCGGAACAGUAAAAUUUUAUGCCUUGAACAGUGGAGUUUCCUAAAUCAUAUCUUUUUACUAAUAUUUUUUAAUACCAGCCAUUCAUAAUGAUUGCAUUAUACUAAUACCAUUGUUACUGCUCACAGCUAAUUCAUUGUGAUUGAGAAAGUAUCCAUCUAUUUGAACCGAUGAUUCACCGAUGAUUCAUGGAAAUGACAGAUUGGGAUUUUUCUUCCACAAUGGUUUGUCUUUUUGAUUUUCACAACACAUCAUGCUGCUUGGGAUUUGCGACGUUCUAGCUUCGCCCGGGCCUUCCAAAUAUGGCCCGGCAAACGCACCAUCAAUUCUGAGCAUCGGUAAUCAGAACUGUGUUUAUCUGAAGGUAAGAGAAAGCCGGGAACCUUUGACUUUUACUAAUUGUUAUGUAAGAUUCAUAACAAUUAACCUUUCAUGUGUUUUCUUUCGCGAUUAUUGCAGAAAGAAUAAGCUUGAUCUCUCAUGAUUGUUUUCUUUUCUUUUGUGAUGAGAACAAUAAGCCUAACUUUGUGAUAAAUUGAUUGAUAUUAUAAAAUGCAUAUAAGUUUUUCUUUCCACUUGAGUUUUUUUUUUUUUUAAGAGAUAUUAAUUUUGUAAUGAUAACAAUAGUUUCCUAGAAAAUUAUAAAACAAUAAAUAUCUGUGGUUAAGUAUGUUUGUGUUCGUAUAUUGCGCAUGUAUGUCGUUGUGUAACAUGCCACUCUUACAUGUUUUACAGUUACAUAUUACAAAAUGUUUAAUUUUUGAGGUAAAUGUUCCUAUUUCCUACGUAUUUGUUACACACAAAAAGAUCGAUGAUAGGAAACAUGUUUACACACCCAGUCAGUUCACAGGCAAGUGCUGAAUGCGAAAAAUAUUUAUCACAAGGUAUACUCUGCAAAACCUUUAGGUAGAAAUAAAAGGAAUGAGAAUCGAGGGGCAUUUUUAGUGUCGUGAUCCGCGGCGCGUUUGUUUUCGAAACAUUAUUCUCAUUUUUUCACUGUCUGCAUAAUAAUGUCCCUUUCUUCAGUGAAUAUCAUAUAGAACAAUAAGCUCUGUUUCAGUAUUUUGCUGCUAGUUUUGGGACAGGAUUUGUUUAUACCAAGGAGGAUCGUUUGCAGACUCACACCCAAAUUGAUUGUGAUCACUUGGCAUGUUGUGCGCAUGUGUCUGUUUGCUCAGUUAGUGUAAUUUCAUGGUUAUUAUAAGUGAUCAUGUUAAGCCGUUUAGUACAAAAAGUGUUUUCAAUAUUUCAGUUGUGAAUAUGCAUGAAGGGGAUGGAGAUCAUUCUUACAAUGUAAGCCUUAUGGUAAUUUUUAUUUAUUUCAUUUUAUUCAGAAACUUGUUUUACUUUUACAAGGAAACCAAUUUAAAUAUGGUGUUGAUUACUGGUUAUUAUUCUGUGUAAAGGGAUUAUAUAACAUAUUUACCAUGAUGUAUAAAUUAAUUUGUAUACUGCGAUAUUGGGUUUAUAGUAAAUACCUUAUUAACAAGAUUAUAAAACACAGAUUAAGGAUGUAUAUUUACAGUUUUUUUUUUUUGUUCGUGGCAUACUGUAGGUGCUUUUAAUUCAUUGUAUUUACAUUCAUUUCUUGUUUCUAGUCUUUGUUUUUACGUAUAUUCAUGGAUUUGCUGACGCCAGGCGCCACGAUACUUUGCCUCACGUGCCCCCGAGGUUAAUCGGAGCGGCGCCAAGCUUAAGCAAGCCCCGUGACACCUGGGCCGUUUGAUACGCUCGCUGGGACGUGGAUAUUUACACUGAUUGUUUGUUUAUAAUAUUUGUAAAUAGGUAUAUGGUGUUGGUUAUAACCUCUUAUUAUACCCACAUUUUAAUGAAAGCGAGAACAUAAUUAGAUAAUGUGAUUAAUCCAAUCACGAAAUGCACCAUUUUAAACAAAAGAUCCUUUACAUUAUGUAUAACAGUCUUUGCAGGUCCUAGCCAUAUACAUGAAUAUUUAAUGUAUAGACUGAAAAAAGACAUCGAUAUUCACAUAAAUAUAUAAAAAAGUUGGGGUAAAUUUUCGAUUUUUAGGAUGCUUGGUAAAACAGCUACGAUACAUAAGCAUUUUCUUAAUGAUUGGUAAAAUAUCUGUGAUAUGAAACCAUUUUUUUUAUUUUGACUUUGGCACGCUGUCGUUGCCUAACUCUACCGAUAUCACCUUAGGGAAUACGUUUCGGGGUCAGGGAUUGGAAACAACAGAGACCAGACAAUUCACACGAAAAGGAAAUGAAUCUCAGACCAUCAAGACUACUCACACACAACAUCAUAUAUAUAUUAAAGCUGACAUUCUUUUAAACAAUUGAUAUCACCGUCUAUUCUAUCAAUAAGUUUGUGUGUGUACAUGAGAAUCAUAAUGACAGCGUGUUUUCUGCAGUAAGUUGGACUUCCAAGAUAAAAAACUAUUCAGAUGGAUGACGUGUUAUCUUAUCUGUAUUAUAUUGUGAACUUCAUUUAUUUAAUUUGUACCUGUAAAUGACCUGCUUUAUUUUCAUCUGUUUUUACAGAUAUAUAGGUAAUUGCUCAUAAAACAUUCUGAGCUUUGGUGAUUUAUAAAUAAAAUGUAUUAAAGGUGAUUAUAUUCUUCA